AUGACAUCUAGUGGCAAAAUCUAUCCUGAUGAUACUAGUAACGAAUUAAAAACGGAUAGAAGUAUGAAAUUAAUCCUCGUUACUCUUGGAGUUGGAAUAUUACUUACGAUUAGUAUUCUUGGCUUAGCUAUAGCUAUCUUAGUGAAAGUGAAUACAAAUAAAUCAUCAACAAUAACCACGACACCUAAACCACUUGAUUCUAUUCUAGCUGAAUCGAUUCGUAUUGAUGAUGUGAUGGACCAUCUUAAUGCGUUUCAACGAAUUGCAACAUCAAGCAAUGGAAAUCGAGCUGUUACUACAAUUGGCUACAAUCAUACACUUAAUUAUAUUACUGAUACUUUAGCAGCUAAUACUAAUUUUCAUGUAUCACAAGCUUUCUUUCCUGUACGACAGUUUGCUAUGGCUAGUGAUCCCAUCUUAAUAUCAUCGAUUAAUGGUGUUACUAAAACCUAUACAUUUUCAAAGGAUCUUUCUGUUGCCGAUUUCACCUAUAUUGAACUUUCUACACGAGCAAAUUUUAUGGCUUUUGUUGGAAUUUCUGUUAUUCCAAACGUUGGAUGUUCCGAUGCUGACUGGAAAAAUGCUAAUCCACCAGUAGCUGGAAGAGUAGCUUUAGUGAAAAGAGGUGUUUGUGCAUUCUCAGAUAAAGGUGUUUUUGCUGCUCAAAAUAAUGCAGCAGCUAUUUUAAUUUACAAUGAUGGUGUUACUCCAGAUCGUGUUCAACCUAUGGCUAUUAAUCUUGGUCAAGAAAAUGCCGUACCUGCUCUAUUUCUUUCAUUUCCUGUUGGACAAGCACUUGUCGCUGCUGCUCAAGAUUCAUCAACCAAUACCGGUGUUCAACUUGUUAUUAACCUGGUAGAUCUACCACUAUCGCCCGUAGGAAAUAUUUGUGCUGAUACACCUACAGGUGAUGCUACUCAAACCAUCGUUAUUGGAAGUCAUAGUGAUAGUGUACCUGCUGGUCCUGGUAUUAAUGAUAAUGGUAGUGGUAGUGCAGCUAAUCUUGGUCUUGCUAUAGCUUUAGCUCGACUAUUUCAAACAUCUACGUAUCCUAAAUAUAAAUACCGUGUUCGAUUUUGUUGGUGGGGUGCAGAAGAAAUUGGGCUUCUUGGUUCUGAUUUUCAUGUUAAACAAGCAAAGAAUGCCACAACUGUUGGUGAACGACUUCAAGAUUAUUUAAUUAAUCUUAACUAUGACAUGCUUGGGUCACCUAAUUAUAUCUUUGGUAUUUAUGAUGGUCACACAGCAGCUUCUAAUACUCCUGCUCAAGCUCUUCCAGGUAGUAAUAAAAUCACUUCUCUCUUUCGAGAUUGGUUUAUUUCACAAAAGCUACCAUGGAAUCAUACUGAUUUUAGUGGUCGAAGUGAUUAUGGACCCUUUUUAUUUGAAGGUAUAGUUGCUGGUGGUUUAUUUACUGGAGCUGACGAAGUCAAAGAUCAACAAACGCGUGAUUAUAUGGAUCAAAUGCUCGGUCAAGGAAUGGGUGGUAUUGCUGGUGCUAUUCAAGAUCCAUGUUAUCAUCAAGCUUGUGAUUCAAUUCAAAAUAUAAAUGUAUUUGCAUAUGAAAAGAUGGUGCAAGCAGCUGCUUUUAUGUUAGAAAAUUUAGCUCGCCGAGAUGAUUUGAGCGGAUUCCUUUAUCCAGAUGGUAGACCUACACGUCUUAGUAAUCAAUCACCACAACGAAAAUAUAACUCUAUAAAUGAAUAUUUUGGCAUGCCUUAUUUAUAG